AAAAUGUGUUAUUUCAAACAGAAGUCAGAAGCACUAAGUGGUAAAAAUACACAUUAAAUAACACGGAUACAGUAAAAUGACACGAUUAGUGUUUAAUACACAAGUUGCACAUGCAGUGAGGGGCACAAACAGCAGGAGUGGGUUUCAUGAGCUGAGGACAGGAAGUACUUAUGUGUUUUGUACAAAAGGCAAAGAUGCUCAGUAACUACCCACACAUCCUUAAUCCAACCACAGGACAAACAAUAGCUGAUCACACGUGAUUUCUGCUCAACAAAGACUGCUUUCAUAAAAUUUAAAAUGUUCAGCAAAUUGUCCACUGUUGUCAUUCUCUUCUCAGGAUUUUGUGCAGCACUCUGUGAACUCAGUAUAAGCGCAUACAGGGGUGAAAGAGCCAACUUCGAAUGCGCUUACACGGCAGACAACAUCUUCAGCCUGAAGUAUUUCUACAAAAUGAAAGCAGGACACAACCUCAAUGACAUCUACACAUUAAACAGACAGAGGUUUCUGCAGAAAGGCAGAGUAUCAAUAACUGAUGAUCAUCAGAGAAAAACACUUCAAGUAUCUAUAGACUCUUUAAGUGAAAGUGAUUCAGGACUUUACGCUUGUGCGGUUGGCAAAGGUCACAAUGUGGAAACUUUUGUUGUGGUCAGACUUUCAGUAAUGAUGGCACCUCAAAAAAAAGUAAACUCAGUCAGAUCUUCUGUCCCGACUGAGAGAUCCUUCAUCAAGCACACAGAGACAUCUAAAUGUGACAUGGUGACAGAACCGUUCACACCAACACAUUCAGCUAUUACUAAAACGUCCAAUGAAACAAAUCAUUCAGAUUGGAGGUGGAUGGCUCUUUAUGUUGGACCAUCUGUUGUUAUUGUAGCUGUAUUGUCUGGUGUACUGAUACUCGUCUGUUGCUUCAGACUCAGGAGAAGAUCAUUGCAAAACACAAGACACAGGAAAAGUGUGUGUAAGCCGACUGGUAAUAGUAAAACUGAGAGAACUGAAAAUCAAUACAAUGAAUCACAUGUCAGAAGCAAGCAUCAUGACUCAAUAUACCAGGAGCUGAACAAGAAGCAGUCUGAUCCAAUUUAUGAAUGUUUUAACUAUAAAAAUAACCUUAAAAACUAACUGGGCUUUUUAUGUUUAAUGUACUUCUAUCAUGUAUGCAAUUUUCCUAUACUUGUAAUAUAUUUAAAAUGUAAUUAUGUGACCCUGCCUGUGAAAACCUAGUCAUUUUAUUGUGUUGUUUUAUGUUUUAUAUUAUGCACGUUCUGUGAAUAUAUAAGCUUAAUAUCUAAUAUAUUGACUGAGUAAGGUCAGUCAAACUUGCAUGUUCCUAAUCUCAUCAUUAGAUUAUGAGAUUUUAACAUGGAUUUUAUAGAUAUUAUUGUAGAUAAUAUUGUAUAUUAA